AUGCGUAUAACUGAACAACAUAAGAUACUAUUGGAAAAAGCAAAGGUUGCACUUGCUAUUUCGUCAUCGGCUGAUGAAAUGCAGAGUAUUCUCGAUCAAGUAUAUACAACUAUUGCAGCAAAUCAAAAGAAUGAAGUGGUAGUUAAAGUAGAAUCAUCACUGGCAGAAAACUAUUCAAUAGUUGCUACGAAUGAUUCAUGUCAAUAUUCAUCAGUUGAUUCAACGCUUAUUCACAAUGAACCAACGUCUGAAAAUGAUGAGUCGAUACUUUGCAAUGCUCAACAAGAAUUACAAUCAUCCAAUCUCGACGAGUCAAGUCAAACAAUUAACCAUAAUUCAAUGGAUAUCGAUGAUAACUCCACACAAAUGUAUCGUUUCAAUCGACCAGUAGAUAAUACAAAGGAUGAAGCCGACAAUGAAAUAAAACAAAUACCAAUCUCGACAAUAAUCCAUUAUUGUGGACUAUGUCCAUUGACAUUUGAUGGUGCAUUUGGUCUCACCAAAACAAAGCUUUUAACUCGUCUAUGCAGCAGUCAAAUAGCCUUCUUGGAAGAUAACCCAUUAGGUAGAAUGGACAAAAAACGAUUCCUUUAUUGGUGCGAUCUAUUAAAGCCUGAUUUCGAUAUUAAAGAUGAAGUGGCUUGCGAAAAUGCAUUUGCUGCAUUUGAUAAAAAUAAAGAUGGAACAAUUGACUUCAAAGAAUUUACUACGGCAUUGACUUUCCUCGGACCAAAUACUGUAGAGGCACAUGUCGAUCUAUUUUUUCAAAUAUUGAAUAUGUUAGGUGAUACAUUCUACAGUACAAUUGAGUUAUUAUCCGUGGAACUUUGGCAAGAACUCUUUGAAUAUUUCACACCAAAUGAUUUAUGGUAUUCAUUUCAUGAUUUAAAUAGAAAAAUUAAUGCAAUCAUUGAUCAAACAAUAUUAUAUUUGAAUUUUACAAAGCAAGGUACUUAUCGUUACUUUGUAAAAAAUAUUUUAACAUUAAUGAAUGUUGUUAAUGUUCGAUCAUUAAAAUUUAAUAAAUCAAAUGAAAUUCGACAUUUUUUCUCGAAGAUUUCUCUAAAUUCAUUAGUUCAACUUCGUGUAUUAUCAUUAGAUUUUAUGUAUUCUUUUGAUGGUAAUUCAUUUACAUUCUGGAAACAACUUUCAUCGUUGAAAUAUCUACAAUCAUUGAAAAUUAUUUUUUGGGCAAGUUCAGGAUCUGUUAAUUGUUGUGACGAAAAGAAAUAUAUUAUUCGUUCAAUAUUUAACAAUAAUUAUUGUCCAUCAUUGAAAUCUUUCAUGAUUACCACUGGUGGUAUCCAACAAGGCAGGCUAACAAUUCCAUCAUUGAUUUCAACGACUACAACAACAAAUAUUCAAAAUUUAUCCAUUAACUCGUUGACUUUUAAUGAUUUGAUUAAGUUACUUCCUGCAAUGCAAAAUGUCAAAUCAUUUUGUAUUGAUUACGAUUUAAGAUAUGAUAAUUGGUCUAAUGAGCAACAACAAUCAAUGGUGAUUGAUAUACCAUUGCUACCUAAAUGUAUUGACAUGAAUCUAAAAUUAUCAGAUGAUAUAACAUUUGAACAUGUUGAAUAUUUAUUAAAACAUACACAAAAUUUAAAAAAAUUAUUUAUGUGGGGAUGGUAUCAUUUAUUUGAUGCAAUGAAAUGGGAAUUUUUGUUAUCAAUGUAUUGUUCGAAACUUAUAAAAUUUCAUUUGAUAUGUAGUGGUCCAAUUUGGAGUGAUGAGUUCGAUCAAAUAAUCGAUAAUUUUCAACAAAUAUAUCCAACAAGACUAUUUUGGAUCGAACGAAAUAUUACAAUUUCAGAUGAUGAUGUAUCCGGUCAUGAUUAUCGUUCUGAUAUUGCUGUUGAAUUUAAUAUAAAAAAUAAGGUAAGUUCAAUGUAA